AUGCCCGCUUCUGGCAAACGAGAGCGAUCCAGUCGCAAGGGACAAUACUCAUGUAACUUCUGCCGUUCGCGCAAGCUUCGUUGCGAUCGGCCACUACCAUGUACAAGUUGCAGGUCUAGAGGAAAGGUAUGCACGUUCGAUCCUACUCCCGCGGCACUCAACACCCAAGACCCUCAUACACCAGCUUCAGUCGCGGUUACGCCCAAAUAUCAACCAUUAGAGCGGACUGUGAAGACGACUUCACCUGCACCAGAGGAGUCUGAACUUCUUCAUGAGAUACGUGUGCUUCAAACUCGUGCGAAUGAGUUAGAGAAGCAUAUCGUGAGGAGCACUGUCCCCGUCCAGCAUUUAGGCCACAGUGACAGCGAGACCUUCUUGUCACAGUCCAGUCUGAACCUUGCGGAAGAAUACUCCAAAAUCACCGGACAGUCCGAGAUCUACAGGGUAAAAAACAUAGUCGACCAUCUCGAGUCUGUCUCGAUGGGGCAAAGCUCUCUCGAAUCUUUCUUUACAGAUGAGUUGGACUUCAAAAUUGGAAAGCUUCGAUCGAUACCACAAGCACCCGCUUUCACAAUACAAAAUGGAAGGCUAGUGCCGUGUAUAUGGCUGCCACUACGGGAAGAGGUCAUGAAGCUGCUCGAUUACUACGUCACAGAGCUCAACUACAUUCAGCACGUCACGCAUUAUCCCUCGCUAGCAGCUACAUUUAACGAAGUGUACGACCAGAUCGAAAGUUUUGAACUUGUUCAGUCUGGCAAGGUUGUUCUUCUGCUUGGUAUCAUCGCUCAUACGACGCAUGUUUGGACCGCGCCGAAGAACUUGGAAAGCGAGCUCCCCUUGUUUCUAUCUUCGUCGCAAGCCCGUUCUCAAACAUCCGUUUGGAUCAAAGCCACAUAUACAGCACUGAAUGCUAGCCAAGAAAGCAGUGCAUUAGUGUUAGAGACCAUACAAGGCAUCGCCAUCUUGUCAUACGUUAUCUGCAAUAUGGAGGGUGUUUCAUUACGAUAUCGGUGCUUGAUAUCGACUGGUUUGUUACUUGGCCGUGAACUGGGUCUCCAUCGAACCGACCAUGAAUCCAAUAUUACUACGGCAGGAACGCUCAAAGCUGAGAUUGGUCGUCGUGUUUGGUGGUAUCUGACUUCUACAGAUUGGCUACUUGCAGCAAGAUACGGUGGAUCUGGCGAAAACGUAUACCAGUCCAACCCGCUGCAUAUGCACGUGAAUAAGCCACUGAACACCAACGACGUUGACUUAUCUACCGAUGAGCCCCAGCAAUCCCGACCAUUAUCACAACAGACAGAUAUGUCGUACUUCCUUCAGCGCAUCCGUCUAUCAGAAAUCUCACGUAACAUUGUCGAUCAAAUCAACUCCGACCCAUCCAAUCGCCGCGCUAACAUUAUGGCAAUGGAUCGCCAGCUCGUCGAAAUGAUGAAUGAAGUUCCUGCAUUUUUGCUGCUGAACGGUUACCAGGACACCAACGGCUGUACAAACUCGAACCACUCGUUCGUCCAAGCCUAUUUCCUCAACACUCUUCUCCACACCCAACGCUGCAAACUUCAUCUAGCAACUCUCACGCGCACAUCCACCAUGGAUCCAACAUACACGUCCUCUCAUGCCGCAUGUCUCCAAUCAGCGCGUCAGUUACUUCAUAUCGAGACAACACUUCUACGUUCUCAAAACCCCUUCGCGCGCCGCCCCCAGCGACCUCCAGCCGGUCUGUACAGUAUCUUCGUUGCCACUAUCACUCUACUUAUGGAUGUUUGUCUCAACAAGCCAAGUGAAAUACCAGCCGUACUUCAAGCAGGUGACCUAGUGGAAGGCCUACAGAUGAUAGCAGAUGCAAGGGAAGAUUCACUGGCAGCGGCGAAACUAUACGAGUCAUUCAUGCAGAUCCUGGGGAGAUAUGCAGAUACUCAACACCCAGCAGAGCACAACUUGAGUGCGACAGACAUUCACGCUACUGCAGGGACACUCUCGGGUUUACCGUCGGAUGCUUUGCGAGAACAGCAGUCGUAUUCUUCGCAGAUAAACGACGCAAUACAUCUCGACCUGGUUGAAUGGGAUGAUCUGUUCUCCAGCGUUUCUUCAUCCCCGUUCUUUUGA